AUGGCAACAGCUUCGAUCUCUUUGAUUCCUGUUCUGAAAGGACUAGGAAGAGAACCAUCUCGGUUGAAUUUUGUUAUUCUAAUCGCAGUUGGGAGUGUUUUACCGUACAAACUUGAGAAGAAGGCGGGGCGAUUAAAACGAUGGACAGAAUGUAAGGCACCGGAAGUUAAUGUUUCUACCAGAAGUCUCGAAAAUGCUGAUGCUGAUGAAUUUCCAGUGAAGGACUACAAAGAGACAUUGAAAAGCAAACAAAAAUGGUUGAAGAAGUUCCUAAAGAAUCGAAAGGAAGUUCUAAACGAAACCUUAAGCCUUGAGAAAAACUUGAAUGUUUACCCGGAAUGUCAGUUUGCCGAAAUGUGUGACAGCACGAGAACAGUCAUAGAUCAUUGGAAAGUCAAUCUGGAGACAAAUGCAUCUGAAUCUUGUUGGAUAGCGGAAGCAGUGGUGUGGACCGAUUGUGAUAUGAGUCAUAUACCUGACUUUCACUGUGCCAAGUUUGAACUGUCCGGGGAUUUUGGAGUAAGGUGUGUACCGAAGUAUCGCCGUCAGACUGUGUGGGUUUAUUGUAGUGGUUCUACAAAGGAGAUCAAACCUAUGACCCUCACAAUACCAAAUGCGUGCAAAGCGGCAAGGUACAGGUGUCUGGAUACUGAAUGAGCGAUGGUUGCAUCCGAAGAUCUCGCUUUAAUAUUAUAGUCAGAAUUGUGGAGAAUUUAGGUUCGGCUUCAGAAACAACAGCACAUUGUCAAAAUCAACAAAAUGGAAUAUUGUUAAAAAGUCUUAUGUUUCUUCUACAAAACUCAUUUAGUGUUUUUGUGAACUCAUUAUUUUGCUAACACACAUUACUGAACUUUAUCUCGAUAUAACGUAAGUCGGUAUAAUACCCAGUCACACAUACGGCGCGGAUAGAUACGUCU